UUCCUAGUGUGCAUGGACUGGUGAACUAGAAAAUAAUUGCGCCAAAACACUAUCAGAAAUUUGCUAAAAUUUGCAAUUAUAUAGUGGAGAAUCAGAUAAAUUUAAAGUGGUCUGAACUUUUAUGUUAUGCUAAUUAAUACAAUAUGUUUUGAAAUUUAUUACGGUCUUAACCCAACAGUGACCACAAGUUAAAUAUCAAUAAGUUAAUUCACACCUAACCUAGUCAGUAUGAUACGAAGCAUGGUCAACAGUAUGGUAACAUUUACCAAAAGCGCGCAAACAAGUCUUAUUAAUGGUUUUUCUUCAAAUGUAAAAAAUCGUACAUUAGAUGUGGAAGUGAACCGUAUGGUUUGGGUUGACAUGGAGAUGACUGGACUAAACGUAGGAACGGACAAAAUAAUGGAAGUUGCUUGCAUUAUAACAGACGAAGACUUAAAUAUAGUAGCUGAAGGUCCAGAUCUUAUCAUUCAUCAUCCACAGAAUGUAUUAGACAACAUGAAUGAAUGGUGCAAAAAUCAGCAUGGAAAAAGUGGUUUAACAGAAGCGUGUUUGCAAUCAAAUCUAAGUUUAACACAGGCUGAAGAUAAAUUACUGGAAUUUAUAUCAGAUUACGUGACUGAAAAAGUGAGCCCCUUAGCUGGAAAUAGCGUUUAUAUGGACCGUCUAUUCUUGCGAAAAUACAUGCCCAGGUUACACGAAUAUUUGCAUUAUAGAAUAAUUGAUGUGUCAACAGUGAAAGAAUUAUGUAGAAGGUGGAAUCUUGAUGUAUAUAGAUCUGCUCCAAAGAAAGGAAUGUCGCACAGGGCUUUGUCUGACAUCAAAGAAAGUAUAAAUGAGUUGAAACACUAUAAAAAUAAUUUUUUCAAACAAUCAUGAAGUGAACUUAAAGUAGGCUUAUAAGUUUAAUAGUUGUAAUCUCAGCGAAAAAAUUGAAAGCGGCGUUAAUAAAAAAUAAAUGUAAUUAAAGGAUUAAGUCACCAACCAAAGUUGCAAUGUAAUGUUAUUCCACUUUGGUCUUUAUAUACCUUACUUAAUUAAAGUCUGUGUACAUAGGCAUCACAGUAUACAUGCGUUCAUUAGCCUGUUUAUAUAAAUGCAAUAAAACAUCACAUUAUAUAAAUAAUUUAAUUUUAUUUAUAGAUUGAGGCUAUACAUUGUUUGAGUCUGCUUAAACUUUUCAAUUUUUCUAAGGAUUUUGUCAUGUCAUUAUGUACCCAAGAUUUGUACUGAUAACUGUCUUAGACUUAGAAUAGUAUAAUACAACUUAAUUUUAAAGAGUGCCCAAUACUGUGCCACUGUUACUGUAAAUUUCCUAAUUUUUGAACUCUCUUGGCAAAUUCUUUGACUGUAUACCGAUUUUACGCAACACUGUGACAUAACGCGAAAAGCACCCAUUCUAGCACUGGUUUGCAGAGUAUGUUCAAUCCCUCUCAUUAAGUCAUUGGUUUUUAAGAUGAGCAGCAUUUGUCUAUUUACUUUAUCUAAGACUCCAGAGAUUUGAGGCAAAAUAUUGGGAAAUUCUCGCUGGAAUAAAUCUUUUUCACUUUUUGUUGGUUUUUGCCUGAAAACAACAUGAUCAAAUUUAAUCCAAUAAAAAACUAUUAAUUACUUA